AUGACAUCGCUUCCUGACUCUCACCGUCUCCCCGAUCGCUAUCGGCCUUCCUACCGACAGCACCCUCACCAGCAAAACCACGGCUUCGAUCAGGCCGGCUUUCCCUUAUUCAGUGGCCCCUCUGGCCUUGACAGCAAUAACAGCAAUCACCCGUCUUCAAAUUCAUCUCAGUCAUCUCAAUACUCCCCUCGAUUACAGCCCACUUACCGCUCUUCACACUCUCUAGGCUGUUACGAAGCAACUUCCCCCAGUCGCAUCCAAGUCCACAACCUUUCUCAUAUCCGCAGCUUUGCCAACGAGGAAGUUCUCGCUUCCUCUAGACGCCUCCAAGCACAAGCCCAAGGCGGUGCUAGUCGCUUCUAUCAAGAUGUUCCCCGUCAGUACGAGAUUAGCUCCAUGCCUGUCACAGACAUCAUCGAGAUGGUUGCUGGUCUUUUAACCAAGAUCACCACCACCAAUGACCAACAGCACGAGCAUGUGCACCGCAACAUCCUGCCCAAUGAUGGCGCCGCUGGUAUCAGUCCUCAAACCACCAGCGUCCUGGCCUUCCAUGGGAAAAAUAUCCCCAGCAUUACCAUUCUCAAUUACUUGAGUCGCAUACACAAGUAUUGUCCAACAACCUACGAAGUUUUCCUCAGCCUCCUCGUCUACUUCGAUCGCAUGACUGAAAUGGUGAACAAGGGCUUUGUACAGAGCCUGCAGCAAAGAUCAGAUCAAUAUACAGCCAGUCUCCCUCUUUCCUCCCCGUCACCAUCUAUUCCGUCUGCAGUUACUUCAAAUCGCCCUUCCACCCGUGGAUCUAUCGUUACCCCUCCGUCCUCUGUUCACAUGCAAGCCCGAGACCAUGAUCCUCCCUCCCCUUCCCCUCCUUCCACUAUAUGUCCCAACUCCAUCCCACAGUCUUUAAACACCACCCCUGGUCCACGUAACGACGUUCAUUUCAGCCUCUCUCAUUACUUCGUUGUCGAUAGUUUCAACAUCCACCGCCUCGUCAUUGCAGGUGUGACCUGUGCAAGCAAGUUUUUCUCAGAUGUUUUCUACACUAAUUCCAGAUACGCCAAGGUUGGUGGCCUUCCUCUGCUGGAACUUAACCACCUCGAACUCCAAUUCCUCCUUCUAAAUGAUUUCCGACUCGCUGUUCCAGUCGAAAAGUUAGAUGCAUACGGUACAAUGCUUGUUGAAUUCUAUGCUAGAGAAGUUGUUGCGCAACAACAGCAACAGCAACAGCAACAGCUCCUUCUUUAG